UUUUAUACGUUUGUUUCUUAGUAAUGUAAAUAUUUAAAAACAUUUGUAUAUAUAUAGAGAGAGAGUUAGUCAGUUUACGUUUUAAAUUCUAUAUUGUAAAGUAUCGUUUGUGCAAUAUGGCUUCUUGCGCUGUAGCAACGUGCCGCAACACUUACAGAAAUACGAAAGGACGAGGUAUCAUAUUUCAUGCUUUCCCAAAGAAAAACUUACUUUUGACGAAAAAAUGGCUACUUCAGUGUCGAAGGCAGGAUUAUGUUAAUGAGAAUCACGCAAGAGUUUGCAGCGAACAUUUUCUAGCCAGUGAUUAUGAAGAUGACAUGAGAAACCGUUUGCUUGGGUUACCGCAAAAGAAGUUGUUAAAAUCCGAUGCUGUGCCGACAGUAAAUUUACCGUGUACAGUAAAAGAAAUAAUACAGGAAAGGAAAGGGAAGAAAACAGAGAAUAUCAGGGAAAAGAAAUCAAAGCUAAAGCAGAUUGCUUCUAAAACACAACACCGAAGUUUAAAGCGUCCAAAGAAAAUUCAUUCUGAGGCUGAAUACGAAACUGAUGCUGACAAUAACAAAUCAAAUGUGACUUCUGAAAGACUACACCAAAGUCCAAACAAAAUUCUUUCUGAGGCUGAUUAUGAAACUGAAGCUGACAAUAAUAAAUCAAAUGUGACAUCUGAAAGACUCCACCAAAGUCCAAAGCGUCCAAAGAAAAUUUAUUCUGAGGCUGAAUACGAAACUGAUGCAGACAAUGAUAAAUCAAAUGUGACUUCUGAAAAACUCCACCAAAGUCCAAAGCGUCCAAAGAAAAUUCAUUCUGAGGCUGAAUACGAAACUGAUGCAGACAAUAAUAAAUCAAGUGUUUCUGAAAGAUUCCACCAAUGUCCAAAGAAAAUUCAUUCUAAGGCUGAAUACGAACCGAAUAAUAAAACAAAUGUGACUUCUGAAAGACUCCACCAAAUUCCAAAGCGUCCAAAGAAAAUUCAUUCUGAGGCUGAAUACGAAACUAAUGCUGACAAUAACAAACCAAAUGUGACUUCUGAAAGACUCCACCAAAAUCCAAAGCGUCCAAAGAAAAUUUAUUCUGAGGCUGAAUACGAAACUAAUGCUAACAAUAACAAACCAAAUGGGACUUCUGAAAGACUCCACCAAAGUCCAAAGCGUCCAAGGAAAAUUCAUUUUGAAGCUGAAUAUGAAGCUGAUGAUGACACUAAUAAAUCAAGUGUGAAUGACUCUGAAAUAAAACUCACGAAUGACGAUAGAAAUAUCUCUGAAUGCCCUACGUGUAAAGAUAAACAAGAAUGCAUUGAUAAUAUGAAGGACAAAAUAAUAUCCCUAGAAAAUCAUAUUGAAGUACUGAAAAAUGAAAAAAAGAAACAUUUUGUAAUGUUUGUUCAACGACAAAAAGAGUGGACAACAUCUAGAAAAAAAUUUCUAGCAGAAAUUCGGGAAUUAAAAUCUCAGAUAGCGAAAUUAACGGGAAAAAAAAGCACAGACUAGAGAAUUUUGAAAAAUGUCUAAAGCAUAUUUUUACAAAGACACAGAUUAAAGUAUUAUUACUAGAAAAGAGAAGAAAAAAACACAUGAACUACUAGUGAAGAUAUUUCACGUUGCAUUGCCAUAAGAGCUCUGGCAUUUAAAAACUGCGAUUGUUGGAAAGAAAAAAAUGGGAAUUCUAUUACCUAGUGCUUGCAUAUUAAAGAGAAGAUGCGCUAAAUUUUUGUGCAACCCAGGAAUUCAGAGUAAUGUUCUUGCAGUGAUGAAGGAAAGUUGCCAACAUUUGAAUGCGGAAGAAAAUGUGUUCUCAGUUUUGACGAAAUGUAUUCAAAGCUCCGUUAUGAUUCAAAACUGGGCCAAAUUCUCGAUCCUUUUUCAAAAAGUGCAGUUUGUCUCAGUCAGAGGCAUUAUUCUACAGUGGAAGGAACCUUUUUCUUUCUUUCUUUCUUUUUUUUUUUUUUUUUUUUUUUAAAUCUUUUAAAUUUUAACGCUCUUAUGAAGAAAUAACCUCUUUUUUUCCUCUCAUAAAACAUUCAGUCAUCUGGAGUAGAAGUGAAAGUCAUAGUAUCUGACUUCCAAAGGAUCUAGUACUUUGUGGAAAGAACUACAGAUAUCGAUUAAUAGUUUUUGAUUUCCUAAUCCUGUUCUGAGAACGCAAAAAAUAUGGAUUUUUGAAGAUUUAGCGCGAUAUCUCAAAUUACCGAUAAAUCACUUUUUAGAUAAAUGAUUUGUUCUAGAAGACAUAAUUGUUUUCAAUAAAUUCUCAUUUUGGCUUAUACCAGGAUUUUGAAUCAUCAUGUGAUGUUUAAAUAUAUUUCACCCUCUACAUUAAUACAGGAUACACUUGAACGUCUUUUUAAUCAGCUUCGAGAUCUUGGUAGGUCUAAUGACCAUGCAUCACUUACUGAAGUUAUACACCACUUACAACAAUUAUUAUUCGCUAAUAAUAAGCCACCAAAAUUAUCUUCAAAAAUGGGCAUUUAAAGAAAGCAAAAAUAUCGAUUCGAAUUUAGCAUCAUAAUUACCUGAAAUGGCUUUGAAGAUUGACGAAGAAUAUUUGCUUUUUCCAUUAAAUAUUGUUGAUGAUUUGAUAUGGAGUUCAUAAAACAGCCAUCAUUAGGAACAAUAUCUAAAAAUAGAGCUGAUGGAACAAUAUUUCAUUUCAGAAUGGAUUAAAGUAUUGUCUUUAAAAGGCUUGCCCGCACCUUUCCAUUCACAGAUAUACAUAGUUUACAAGUUUGAAAAAAUAUUUUGUGCAGUUCUUUAUGGAACUUUUAUUGGGAUACGUAUCUUAAAAAGAAAUGCACAUCUUUUUUCCCAAAGGAAAGCAACUCAAAAGGCAAAAAUGUGGACUCCUUCGAAUUUAGCGGCCAAUGAAUGAAUUUUACACAGUUUGUAGCUGCAGUGCGACUGUGUAAGAAAGGAAUAGCCUCUAUGUCAUAGGAACUCCGGUGGUUUGCUAUAGUCGGUAAUUGUGAGACUCUUCCACUGCCGUCAGCUUGAUCACGUUCACUGCUGCUGUAUGUAAAGUUUCCAGUUUCCACGCUUUAUAUCAGCCUACGUUUCACUUUCAUAUAUUUGUGAAUUUCCUAUCCAACGCUAAUUAAUAUGGCUUCAUCAGAGGAGAGAAAAGUAGACGCUGGGAGACGUACAUUUCAAGAGAAGUGGACUCUGACGAUUAUCUGUUUCUAAUGUAGAAGGAAAAACUCUUUGCUUUAUUUGUUUAAAAACUAUUCCAGUUGUGAAGAAAUAUAACUUAAGAAGAUAUUGAAAUCAAAUGUCACGCCAUUGUCACGAAGCUGUCCUCGCAAGAACCGGACGUAAUUGAGACCUUGUCUGGCAUGCCAGCCUUACAGAUAGUCAUGGGCCAGGACAUUACCUGUUUACCAAGAUCUAGGACUUUUCGCCGUUGCCAUUUCACCGUGGCCAUUUCACCAUCGGAACGUUUCGACGUCGGGAUGUUUCACCGUCGGAAAGUUUCGACGUCGAGAUAUUUCACCGUCGGAACGAUUCGACGUCGGAAUGUUUCACCGUCGGAACGUUUCGACGUCGGGAUGUUUCACCGUCGGAACGUUUCGAUGGCAAGACAUAUUUUUCUUUACAUGAAAGUAUUUUAUCUCGCCGUUUUAUACUCGUAUAAAAUUUAUUUAGUUUAAUAAUUCCGUUUACCUUUUACCUUUUGUAUACGUAAUAAAGGUUGCUUUUAAUGCA